GUCAGCGAUCGGGCCCCCUUCGCCAGGGCGGGUUGAGGAAAAAUGUGGGCGAAAAAAAGGGAAGUAGUUGGGGAUUAGUUGGCGGCGGCGGAAGGUUGAGGGGGAGGGUGUGAUGAGGCUGCUGUGCCCUGAAUGGCGACGGAGGCCGGAGAGGGAGAGAGAGGUGGAGAGGGGCAGUGAGAGAUUCCCCCUGUACCACACUGCUCAAACACCACGGCGGCUGCUGACACAACCGGCAACAUGGAGGAGAGGCCAACCGACCCCAUCCGAGUCUCACAGCUGGAGCGGGAGCUGUAUUACCUGAUCGCCCGCUUCCUCCUGUCCGGACCCUGUCAGAAGUCGGCACGGGUCCUGAUCCAGGAGCUGGAGGAAUACCAGCUGAUCCCGAAGCGCCUGGAUUGGGAAGGGAAGGAGCAUCGCAGGAGCUUCGAGAGCCUGGUUUUAGCUAAUAAACAUGUGUCUUCUGAUCACUUGCUGCAAAUUUGUCAGCGAAUUGGUCCCCUCUUGGAUAAAGAGAUCCCGCCCAGUGUCCCUGGAGUGCAGACAUUAUUGGGAGUGGGACGACAGUCAUUAUUACGGACUACAAAAGAUCGCAAACAUGUGGUGUGGAAAGGUUCGGCCUUUGCUGCCCUUCAUAGAGGCAGGCCACCAGAACCACCUGUGAACUACGGAAAAUCUCCAAAUAUUGUGAACAUCAUCAAUGCCAAACAGCUGACAGGAUGUGGCCGGCGCAGCUAUGUUGUCCCAGUUGUUGUAUACCAACAUGUGAAAAUGUACAAGAGGAUACUUGGGCAUCUUUCUUCUGUGUACUGUGUAGCCUUUGACCGCACAGGGAGGAGAAUUUUCACGGGUUCAGAUGAUUGCUUGGUUAAGAUUUGGGCCACAGAUGAUGGACGACUCCUGUCCACUCUGCGUGGGCAUUCAGCUGAGAUUUCUGAUAUGGCUGUUAACUACGAGAACACAUUGAUUGCUGCAGGCAGUUGUGAUAAAGUGAUCCGUGUUUGGUGCUUACGGACAUGUGCUCCUGUUGCUGUGUUACAAGGACAUACUGGAUCUAUAACCUCUUUAUUGUUUUGCCCAGGGACCAGAGGAAGAACACGGUAUUUGACGUCCACAGGGGCUGAUGGGACAAUCUGCUUUUGGCAAUGGAAUACAGAGACUGUCAAAUUUAAUGAACAUCCGGUGAAGUUUACAGACAGAUCCAGGCCAGGAAGUCAAAUUUCUUGCUGCUCUUUCAGUUCUGGUGGAAUGUUCAUAGCAACUGGCAGUACAGAUCAUGUGAUUAGGGUUUAUUACUUGGGUUCUGGUUCACCAGAGAAAAUUUCUGAGCUGGUGUCACAUACGGAUAAAGUGAUCGCAAUUCAGUUCUGCAACAAUAGCCACAGUUUGAGAUUUGUUAGUGGUAGCCGAGAUGGGACAGCUAGAAUCUGGCAGUACCAGCACCAAGAAUGGAAGAAUAUAGUCCUGGAUAUGUUUACAAAAUUACCAGGAAAUAAUUCUGUUGCUGUGGAAGACAAAAUUAGUAAAUUGAAAGUAACCAUGGUAGCGUGGGAUCGCUGUGACAGCAGAGUCAUCACAGCAGUGAAUAAUUUUAAUUUGAAAGUGUGGAACUCUUAUACCGGCCAGCUGCUUCAUAUCCUUUCGGGUCAUGAUGAUGAAGUUUUUGUUCUGGAGGCUCAUCCAUUUGACUCCAGGAUUAUGUUGUCUGCAGGGCAUGAUGGCAGCAUAUUCAUCUGGGAUCUUUCAAAAGGUGCCAAACUUCGGAAUUUUUUCAAUAUGAUUGAAGGUCAGGGUCAUGGUGCUGUGUUUGAUUGUAAAUUCUCUGCAGAUGGACAGCAUUUUGCAUGCACUGACUCUCAUGGACAUUUGCUGAUCUUUGGAUUUGGCUGCAGUAAAUCAUUUGAAAAGAUUCCAGACCAAAUGUUUUUUCAUACUGAUUACCGUCCUCUUAUCCGUGAUUCCAACAAUUAUGUUCUGGAUGAACAGACACAACAGGCGCCUCAUCUCAUGCCUCCCCCAUUUCUAGUUGAUGUGGAUGGAAACCCCCACCUAACACAAUAUCAGCGGCUGGUACCUGGUCGGGAAAAUUGCAUGGAUGAGCAACUUGUUCCACAGUUGGGGUACAUGGCAAAUGGUGAUGGUGAUGUAGUGGAGCAGGUCAUUAGCCAACAGACAGAUGAUCAGUACGAGAAUGGUCAGGAACCCAGCGUUCUGGAUGACGCUAUUAGGGAGCUCCAGCGAGAACAUGACCUGAGGCAGGGCAACGAAGGAGCAGCUCUACCGGAUGGCCCUCACAAUAGAUCAAACUUGCUGAACAGUGCCUUGCUGUCACGACCAAACAUUGGACUUCGACGAAGUGGUCAGAUAGAAGGUGUUCGCCAAAUGCAUAAUAAUGCCCCUAGGAGUCAGAUGGCAACAGAGAGAGACUUGAUGGCAUGGAGCAGAAGGGUUGUUGUCAUGGAACUUUCAUCUGGAAUUAGCAGGUUUCAGGAGGAACUUCGACUAAGUAAAGGUGAUGGAGAAAUUAACUUGUACACAACUGAGAAGAAACGUAAACCACUGCAACCAACUCAGAAGAGCGAUGGCCAGGAUUAUUUUCAACGUUCAGGAAGGCGGACUCAACGCCGAAACCAACAUUUCUACCACACACGUUCAACUGUGGAACGCCGCACUUGUAAUAUUCGUCAGAUAGAAGAACCUAAUAAUUCUUCGGAGGAAAUGGAGACAAUAGAUGGAAGUGAUGGGUCAUCUGAUGAGGCUGAAGAAGAAUGGCAGAGCGAGAGCAGUUCUAGUGACUCGUCAAGUGAAUAUUCGGAUUGGACAGCGGAUGCAGGUAUUAACCUUCAGCCACCCAAACGAUUGGUGAGACGAAUAGUACGUCACAAUAUAAGCAGUUCUGAAGAUGAGAAGCUGGGAGAAAGAUUGGCUGUAAAACGCAAGAAAUCCAAACAGUCCAAACAGAAGAGGCCAAGUGAACUUGCAAUAGAUGGCGCACCCUCUGAAGAAUGGAUUCCUCCAACUUGGAUCAGAGAUACAACACCGCGCAGGUCACCGUUUGUACCACAAAUGGGUGAUGAGGUUAUAUAUUUUCGCCAAGGGCAUGAAGCAUAUGUGAAAGCUGUUAAAAAAGCAAAAGUCUACAGUGUAAACCUUCAGAAGCAACCAUGGAUCAAAUUAGAACUCAGGGAACAAGAGAUUGUUAAGGUUGUUGGGAUCAAGUAUGAAGUUGGGCCACCUACAUUAUGCUGCCUGAAGCUUUCGCUUUUAGAUCCCAUCACUGGCAAAAUGACUGGAGAAUCAUUCUCUAUUAAAUACCACGAUAUGCCAGAUGUCAUUGACUUUUUAGUGUUGCGGCAAUUUUAUGAAGAAGCAAAAAAGAGAAAUUGGCAAGUCGGAGACAAGUUUCGCAGUAUAAUAGAUGAUGCCUGGUGGUUUGGAUCAGUACAGAGUCAGCAACCUUUUCAGCCCGAGUAUCCUGACAGUUUAUUCCAAUGUUACAAUGUUUGCUGGGAUAAUAAUGAGUUGGAAAAGAUGAGCCCUUGGGACAUGGAACAAAUUCCUGACAAUGCUACCUAUCCUGAAGAAAUUGGUGCCAGUGUCCCUGUCACUCCAGAGGAGCUUAAAGACUUGUUAUAUAAACCUCAGGAGGGUGAAUGGGGAUCCGGCUCUGCAGAUGAAGAACAUAAACGUGUCAUUCAGGGAAUCGAUCAACUGCUUACACUUGAAAUGGCUGCACCUUUUUGUGCUCCUGUGGAUCUCUGUGCCUACCCAUUGUAUUGCACUGUGAUUGCAUAUCCAACAGACCUAAGCACCAUCAAGAAGAAAUUAGAAAACGGGUUUUAUAGGACAGUUUCUGCCCUGAUGUGGGAAGUAAGAUACAUUGAACAUAAUGCUAGGACUUUCAAUGAGCUUGAUAGUCCAAUUGUCAAGUCUGCAAAAUUAAUUACAGAUGUCUUACUUCAGUUUAUUGGGGAUCAGAGCUGCACCAGUAUAUUAGAGCUUUAUGAGAAAGUUAAGAGAGAGGAACUUAGCAGUGAUGAAAAUGACAAGGAACAAACUGCAGAACUAGAUUCUGAUGCUCCUGGGACCUCCUCAGACACAAUACACCGGCUUCCAAGGCAAUUGAACAGAAGACCAGCAUUCAGCAUUGAUGUGAAUGCUUGGAAAGAACAGUGCAAAGAGUUUCUGAAUCUCAUGUUUCAGUGCGAGGACUCUGAACCUUUUAGACAACCGGUGGAUCUCUUUGCAUAUCCUGACUAUCGGGAUAUCAUAGAUACUCCAAUGGACUUCAACACAGUGAAAGAAACACUAGAAGAAGGAAAUUAUGACACUCCUCUGGAAUUCUGCAAGGAUGUUCGGUUAAUAUUCAGCAAUGCCAAAGCCUACACACCCAACAAGAAAUCAAGGGUAAAAGGAAUACUUUCUUUUGGAAAGAUUUACAGCAUGACCCUCCGGUUAUCUGCCUUAUUUGAAACUCAAAUUAAAAAAAUUAUUUCGGACUACAAGUUCGCCUUGAAGUGCCAAAAGAAGAAUAAACCAAGACAGAAGUAUCGAAAGAGGUUCAAAAGCAGCAGCAGCAGCAGUAGCAGCAGGAGCAGUUCGCGGACCAGCAGCAGGAGUAGUUCGCGGUCCAGCAGCAAAAGCAGUUCUCGGUCCGGCAGCAGAAGCAGUUCACGUUGCAGCAGCAGAGCAUCCAGCCUACAGCACAAACCAGCAAACACUCCACCUAAAACAUACCUGAAUACCUCACCAUCCUGUUCAGUUAGAGCCAUUUCAUCGAGAUCACCUCAAGCUUCAGAAACAGAAGAUCUUUUGGGACCACUGAAUGAUGAAGUUGAGCAUCCAAAGGUGCCACCACUUCUUGAGUGGGAUGUACAGAAUAGGAUUGGAAAUGAUUCAGAGCAUGAAAGUACCAGAGUAACCAGAAUCAUAUCUACACCUAUAAAACAAGAUCAACCCUCUAAUGGCCCUUUAAUUAAUGGUCAUGGAAUGCGUACUUCUACAAAGAGGAAGGUGAUGAGUGAUUCAGAGGAAAGUAGUUUGGAGAAUCCAAACAAAGAGGAGAUGGAAGACAUAGCCCAAUUAGGCAGCGAUGCAUCAGCUAAAUCUGGCCCAGGGUCUGAAAGUGGGUCAGAAACGGGUUCUGGAUCAGAUAAAGACCACAUUGAAGGAGAUCAUGAUUAUAGCAAGGUUGUGAGAAGGAAGGCAACAGGAAAACGAAGUAUCAAAAGCAGGGUAGGAGUAAGAAGGAAGAGGCGCAGGAGGAAACGCUUCAGAUUUUCCACGCCAACAAACAAAUAUAAACGAGCAAGAUUAUUGGAUGAUUGGUUUGAUGAAGACGAAUUGUGUGUUGAGCGAUUGAAUAAAUGCUCCACAAUUAGAACUCGAAACCAAGGCAGAAGAACAGUUUUAUAUAAUGAUGACUCUGAUGAUGAUGGCUUUGUACCAGCUGGCGAACCUCUAAACCUCGGUAUGUCGAGGUCAGGAAGAAUGCGUCGAAUGACAGAAAAGGCUAAGGCAAGUCAUUUAAUGGGAUGGAGUCACUGAUCAUUAAAGCAGAGAACUUUUUAAACGGAACUUAUUACAUUUGUACUGCAGGGAUUCGAUAUGCACAUUACUUUUACUAAUUUAUGUGGGUGGGUUGGGGAGGAGCUUACUUUUCUUGUCGUGGUGCUGAUCCCAUUGUCAAAAUGCACUUCGGUCUUCCAAACCGUUGCUUACCAACUGCUGAAUCCAACCUUAAAGGCGGUGUAGCCUUAAUGUUUUGAAAAAUAUCUCUGUGCAUCAGUGGCUUCAAAGCCAACAACAGCUAUGUAAUAGGAAAUAUCUGUCUAUUUACCAUGGCAAUUUUUAGCAUACCUGGGCAGUGUUCCUGAUCUCUCUUCAUAAGUCAAACACACAGCAGAAUUUCUUUAAAUUCUAGCCAUAAUUUUUUACCAUACAGUAAUAAGCCUGUCCCAAGUUUUUGCACAGUUCUUCCAGUCUCAGUGGCAGCUAUCAAAGGUUUACAGCAUGAAUAUUCUUUCCACUAAUUAAGUUUAUGACUUAUUUGAUCUGCACUGGCUUUUUUUAAUUUAGGAUUGAAUUGUAAUAUAUGUUACAUGUGUUAACUUGUUUUUAUUUUGAAAUUGAAUUUUACUUCACUGGUGGCUUGUGUCUUCCACUGAUGGAGGUAAUGAGCAAAUAAUGGUUGGUGCCUUUGUAAAUUGCUGAAUUUAAUUUAAGUAUCUGAGUGAUUUUUGAUAAUGUUUGCAUUAACUUUGUAUAAAUUGAGGAAUAUGAAUUUUAAAGCAUUAUGAAAUGCUUUUCAAAUGUUUACACCCACCAACAUUGCAACAUUUAAAAAUGUCCGUAUCUUUUAAUUUUUGUGUUUCAGUUUAUAAAAACUUAUUAUUUUAAUAGUCUUUUCACCCAUCAUUUCUAGUUAGUCCUCCAGCAAAGAAAAAUAAGACAAUGAUUGCUUUUUUGCUGCUGACAAUGCUAGAUAUGAAGAUGUGAUCAUCCCAACAGACCUUAGCAAGACAAGAGAUACCUGACUUAAUAUCACCUAUCAGGUGGAGAAUCUUGCAAUAGUGAGAAACAGCAAGAAAAGUUUUAUGGGUAGCCAAUAUGGUUUUUCUAAGAACUUGGCUUUGGCUUCAAACUGCUUUUCCAACAGUGUAAAAUUCUGAAGUCACUAUGCUUUCCUUGCAUGGCGUUUGUAGUGUAAAGUGUGAGAUGAUUUGCAGUGUCUGCACAGCCGCUUUUCUUUUGCACUCUCUUCAACCCAGCUCCCAAGAAUUGAACCAGCUUAGGAAAUCCAACAUUUGUGUUGGAAUUUGAUUUCAGGCCUGUUGGAAUUACAUGGGAAAUUGGACUUAAUGACUUUCAUCAGUCAAGGAGCGUAUGUGGAUUUCAAUCUGACCUCUUAUUCUCCCCAGAGGAAGUCCUUUUCAUGAAUUAAAACUUAAGUCUGCGCUUUUAAAAAAAUUUUUUUUUUAAACAAAACUAAGUACACUUUAAAGCAUUAUCAAUUUUAUUUAUUUUAUGGCUGGCUUCUGUCAACAGUUGACUCAUCAUUUUCUGUUCAUAUGUAUUUAAGUACUGAAAGGUUGAUACGUGAAACAUCAGUUUGUUUAUAUACAGAAAACCAGCUGUAUUACGUUAAGUGCUCUGUAAGAAAAAAAUUUGAUUACAAGAUUUUCUGAGAAAAUCGCUAUGUUAUCAGUGUAUGUGAAUACAUCUUUAGCAAAUUAUACUAAUGAUUUUCUCCCUGCAGUUUGCAUGUAACAUUAGCAUGAUGAUGGUGCUAUAAAAUUGAAACAAUGCUUUUGUAAUGCAAAGUGUUUCACUAAAGUUGCUUGAAGAACGAUAACAUAUGUAAUCAGAGUUCUACAGGACAAACCUGUAGUCCUGCUUAUUUUUCUACAGAAUGCGUACAUUGAGUACAUUGAUUCAUUAUUUGUAUAAAUUACACAAAUCUUUGUAGACCAUUUUGGUUUUUUUGUAAAUGUUCUAAUCAUGUCUGCACAAUCAAACAACAUUCAAUCUUAAGGAAUACAUUUUUUUUUUAAAUUGCUCACAGCAAGUGAUGAAUUGCAACUCUAGUGAAAUGCCUUAUUGAUUAUUCUCCAAAGAUUUGUGGUAGGAAGGUACUGUGUGCAUCCUCUCCUCUCCAUAAAAUCAUGCACAUUUUCUAAUUUGUGAAGAAGCAAUGUAUUAACUUCUUUCAGUCCUUGCUGUCAAUUUGAGCCAAAAUCUCCAGGUAGGUGAUUUAAAAAUGGACCAGAUUGCAUCAAUAAAUUGAAUUUCAGGGGACAUCAUUUCACCAAAUCCUUAAUCUUGGUGACUGUCCCUUUUUUAUAUAUGUACACAUAUAAAUAUAUUUUAAGAAGUCAGCAUUUCAGGGAUUUUUCUUGCCAUAUGGGCAGACCAAAUGUAAUGUUGAUAUGCAAUGAUUUACUGUGAGUUAAUUUGACAAUUUUUAUAUUGUAAAAAAAUGUACAUAUGUAAGCUUUUUGUUUAUAAAAUAGUUACUACA